GUUCGUUUUUUUCAUCGUCGUUUUUUCAUGGUCGUAGUUGUUAAUGUCAGGUUUUCUUGUUUCUCGUCAUUAAAGAUUCACUCUAUUGUCGAUGUUCGUAUAUUGACAUGACAUUCGAACGAUGAAUUAAGAAUUUGACGAGCUUCAAGAGUUGGCAUUUCACGAUAGUCAUGCUCUUAAAAUUGCUUGUUAUUAGUAAAUUAUCCAGCAGUACAAUCUGAGCUCAGCCCAAGUCGCUUUAAUAUAUUGUGACGAGGAGGAUCAACAAUAGUAAAUCAUGAAUCAUCAUUUUUUACUUAUCAAAGCGAAUGUCAUAAAAACAAAUUUCCAAUUCUUCGAUUUUAUAAAAUGAUAUUCCUAUCAAUUUUUCAGAUAUGUAUAAUGUCGCCAAUUGUGCGCAGAAUCAAAGUUGAUGCUGGAGAAGCAAAGUUGAUACUGGUAAUGUCAUUGGCAAUUCACGCUAUCGCCAAAUCUUGUAUUUAUACAUCGCCAUUGACGCUGCAAUUGUUAUUGGAAUAUGCAGAAUGGCGAUCUUGGGAUCAAGUGGUACUCUUCGAUAAUGUCAGUCCAUUUAACAAUUGCGCUCUUAAUUAUGCUCGGCCAUUAAUUGAGUGUUUCGGUGAAAAGGGCAUCAGUGUGUCUUUACAAUCGGCAACAAAUCCAAAUAUACCAGACGCUCUUACGAUUCGAACCCAUCGUAUUGGCUCAAUUGUCCUUUUGGACGGACUUAAUUUAACAUCACCUGAUAAUAUUAUUCAAAUGGCCUCUCAGAAAUUUUUGUUCAACUAUUACAUCUCUUGGCUUAUGGUGACCACAAGAAAAAAUGAUUCCACUAUCGAUACCGUUCUUCGGGACUUAAAUAUCGGCAUCGACAGUGAUGUGGUCGUAGCUACUUCACCAUUACUAAAUGACACUGUCGCUUGGAUGUACGCUCAGAAAUAUCGAGACAAAAUAUGUCGGUCUCUUCGACGAUACGGUGAUCGUUUUGAAUUUACUGGACCACCGGAACGACGUAACAUCGAGAACGCCACGAUGAACCUGAGCUAUGUCACUGAGGAGAAUCGCACGGUGUCAUUCUACUUGGUGCAUACCUACAAAAUACGGCAUUCCGACAAUGCGAGUUUAAUUGUUCGAUAUCUCGGUUUCUGGAAUCCAGAAUCUCAUACUCUUAAACUGCCGAUGAGCGUAAAAUUGAGAAGUGAUUUCAAUGGCCUGCCCAUUGUCUUCGGCGUGUUGAAUGGAACCAGCGAUGGACAGACGGACGCUGCCGAGGCCGAAGCCACCGCCAAUGACAUCGCACCACUUUUAGAUUUUGCUACCAUUGUCACGAGCAGUGUAAAUGCCAGUAUAGAAUUGGUGCCCCAUGAAAAACUCGGUACAUUAACUAACAAGGUAUGGAGCCAUCUUCUUGGCGAUGUUGUAGCUGGUACUGUUGACAUUGGUUUAGGAUAUAUAACAGCGAACGACGAGGAGCGUUGGUCAGAAAUGACAUUUAGUCACCCUUUGAUACGUUACAUGAGAAAUAUUUAUUACCAUCCGUUGGAGACCGGCACGAUGAGAGAUAUAUUUUUGCAACCAUUUGAUAACCGAUUACUCGGCUGCGUCGCAGGAACAUAUCUCAUUAUGUUAAUUGCAAUGGCAACAGUUAUCUAUGCUACUAAAACGGUUUUGCACGAUGAAGAUGAAAAACAUGUCGGGAUUGGAGAAUCUGCACUUUGGUGCUUGAGUAUUAUGUGCAUGCAAGGAUCACCUUGGACACCUCGAAAUCCAUCUGGAAAAACUCUCUUGUUAUUUAGUCUGAUAUUUUCCCUCGUCAUAUAUAAUGCUUAUGCCGGCUUUAUCACGUCCAUUUUGUCGGUGCAAGCUACUGGAAUUAAAUCAAUCACCGAUCUUCUUUUUAAUAACUUCAAAUUAGGAUACAGUGUUGCUGACGAUACUUAUAUAAGAAAUGCGAAUGACAGUAAUCUCCGUCAGUUGUACAUAAAGGCAUUCAACAAUCGUGAAUCUCGUUUGGAGACAAGAACUGGCCUCAUGAAAGCUGUCAAAGGAAGAUACGGAUUCUUCGUUAGCGCAACCCUCGCACGGCGAGCCCUUAGAACAACCUUCAUACAGGAACGAUGCAUCUUGAAAGAAUUGCUUCUUCCACAAACGCUUACAAUCGUUGCUCUUCCUAUGGCAAAAAGUUGCCCGUAUAGAAAGAUCAUCAAUCUCAAUAUAUUGCGUAUAUAUGAACGAGGUGUUCUGGACAAGAUACAGGAACGGAUGCUGCCGACGAUGCCGCGAUGCGCGGCAUCAGCGGCUUUCCACAGUGCGAGGUUCGCUGAUGUUUACUCGGCCUUCUUCCUGCUAAUGGCGGGCAUAGUCAUUGCAAUCUCCAUCGGCAUCAUCGAAAGGAUAUGGAACAAACGGAGGCAAAUGCGGGAGACCAUUGUGCGCGGUAUACGCGAACACAACCUGAUACCGCACCUUCACUUCCAUCAUCAUCACGACGGUUCCAGUGACCGUCGUCCUCAUCUCCACAUCGCUGCUCCGACAGGCAAAUUACGCGGCUACGAUCCCGCUUAUCUGACCAUGCUGCAGAAUCACGCUCGUCAAGUACAGUCGUUCGUUGGUUUCCAGGAUCGUGAUACUUCCCCGGAGAAACUAAAAAAUCUGGAAUCGCGUGUGCAGGUGCGACGAAGAUCGAUAGGUCCCAAAAGAGCGUCUUGGUCUUCUUUCUCGGGUUUGUCCAAGAAGAAAAUAAGAUCAUCCGAGAGAAUUCUGCCACCUUCGAAUACAGAGAAUAUUCGAAUCUUUCCAUUUCACAAUUAAACAGGUUUUUUUUUUUUAAGUGUGAUAUACUAGUCUCGCUUAUUUAGUUACAAACAUUUUUAAUAACUGCGACGAUAUAUCUAAUGAUAAUUUGAUUUUAUUUUCAGGCA